AACAGGAGCAGCAGUGAAGUCGCCUUCCUUACCCUACGAGCAGAGAGAUGAACCAGUCUAUUAGUAGAGGGGCUUGAGUUCCAGAGCGUCACGAUGGCCUCCAUGCUGUCGUGUCAGAUUAGGUGCGCUAUAUGUUGUGAGGACUUUAAAGAUCCGGUGAGUCUGCCAUGCGACCACACUUACUGCCAGCAGUGUGUGACUGAUUACAUCAAUGGCAGGCCUGAGCCUUACCUGUGUCCAGAGUGCCGGCGUCCAUUUCAGAGGAAGGACCUGAGAGACUGCCGACUUCUGGGAAACAUCACCUGCGCUGCGAGAGACACCCUGGAGGCUGGUCGACUCCAGAGGAGAUCUGACAUCACCUGCGCUGCGAGAGACACCCUGGAGGCUGGUCGACUCCAGAGGAGAUCUGACAGACGGACGGGGAAGGAGGCCGCGGGAGCCGUGGAUGCGCUGGUCUGUCCUGAACACCAGGAGAAACUCAAGCUCUUCUGCAUGACCGAUGAGAAGCUGGUAUGCUCCAUUUGCAGGGACAGCGACAGGCACCAACAGCACAACUUCAAACCUGCGACUGAGGCUGCCGCCAUCUACAAGGAGGAACUGAAGGCAUCUUUGGACUUUGUGUCUUCAGAGAAGAAUGAACUGUGUGACCUAAAACUGAAACAGACAGACGAGAUCCGGAAAACGAAGGAUAAGUCAAAACGACAGCAUGACCUGAUCACCGCCCAGUUUGCCAUGAUGCGCGAGUUCCUGCGGCAGCGGGAGAGGGCGGCGAGGGAGCAGGUGGACGGGCAGGAGCGGAGCGUCCUGGAGCCCAUGCUGAGGAGCGAGGACGCCAUCGCUGGGAGGCUGAGGGAGACCGAGAUGCUGGAGGAGAGCCUGGGGUCAGGCCUGGAGAUGGCCAAUCCCAGCGCCUUUCUGCAGUGGUGGAGUGACAAGGGACUUCAUCAAGUUCAAGAACUGAAGCACAAAAGGGAUCAGACAAAGGGAAGGUCCAGGACUGCAGAUCUCAAAGUUCUGCCUGAUCGUUUCACUCUUGGGCCUUUUGAGUCCUACACACCCAUCUUCAUCUGGAGAGAGAUGCUCAGGCACUUGACACAAGCAAUUUACAGGAAAAAGAGUCUGCGGUGGAAACUAGCGAUGGCUUCAUCAUUAUCUUGGGAGAUUCAGUGUCCAGUGUGUCUAUGCGACUUCACCGAUCCAGUGAUUCUGCCCUGCGAGCACUCGUUCUGCCGCAUCUGCAUCGACGGCCACAUCAACGCCAGCCUCGGCCCCAUCCUGUGCCCUCAGUGUAGGCAAGCCUUCUCCUCCACAGAGAUCAAGACCUGCCGGCUCCUCCGCAACCUCACUGAGCACCUCAGGGGCCUGAACCUGAGCACCUUACGGGAACAGGCCGUGCCGAGGGCUCCACAGCAACAGGGUGACCUGGUGUGUGACGAACACGAUGAGAAGCUGAAGCUGUUCUGUAUGACCGAUCAGAAGCUGGCCUGCACCAUCUGUAAGGAGCAGGACAAACACCACGGACACGUAUUCAAACCUGUGAAGGAGGCCGCCCACAAAAGACAGGGGGAACUGAAAGGAGCUCUCGGAUUUAUAAUGAAAGAAAACCAAACCCUCAAUGACCUCAGCCAACGCCAACUCGCUGAGAUUGCCCAGUGUGAGAAGAGGUCUGCUGGUCUCAAGGCUCAAGUGUCCUCCCAGUUUGAGGCGCUGCAUCAGUUUUUGCGUAAGAAGGAGAAGGAGCUGCAGGCCGAGCUGGAGCAGAAGAGGGGGAAGUCUGUGGCGGCCAUGCAGCGCAACCUGUCGGAUAUCCAGGGGAAAGCAGACGAUGGCCGAGAGAAGGAGGUGAUCCUUAGGACCGCACUGGAGAUCCCCAAACCAGAUAAUUUCCUGCAGUGGUGGGAAGACAAAGGAUAUCCUGUAAUAGAGGGGAUGAAAGACAAGCGAGAUGUACAGACAAAGUUCAGGUCAACGGUGAAGAACCUGGUGGUGACCCCUGACCUCCUGACCCUGGGCCCCUAUGAGUCCCACCUGCCCUACUUUGUGUGGAAGGAGAUGCUGCAGACCAUCACACCAGGGCCGGAGCGUCUGAGCAUGAAAGAUCCAAAAGAAACCUACCUGAAAUUGUCCCCAGAAGGUCACAGCGUUCGCCAGGUGCACAGGAGUGGCGGCAUGUAUAAGAGCUACAACCCCGGCGCCAGCACCAAGCAGACCUUCAAGAGCGGCCGUCACUACUGCGAGCUGGACGUGGGGGGGAAGCAGAACUGGAGCGUCGGCCUUAAGGUGGAAAUGACAUCGAAGCUUGAGCUGCCAGAGAAGGAAAUCCAGCUCCACCUUAAAAAUGGCGACUACGUCUUUUCUCACGAUGGGACUGAGACCCCUGUUUCAAAUGCCCCGAAAAAUCCCCCGCGCAGGAUCGGCCUGUACCUGGACUGUGAGGAGCAGCAGGUGUCCUUCUAUGAUGGAGACACCAUGAGGCUCAUCCACUCGGCCUUCUGUAGUUUCCUCCAGCCGUGCUCCAUCAGUGUGUGUCCAGGCCUCUACCUGGACGGGAAGAACGCCAACCCAGUCACAUUCUGCUGGUACUGA